CUCACUGUGAACGCCUUCACUGUGAAGUGCUGUGUCAGCAAUCUGUCAAAUCUCAGCGGAACAGCAUUAUUGGUAAACAAAACAUUUCGCUCCGCUAAAUUUGCAGUAGGUAAGCGCAAGAGUCAAAAUGGGUGAUAACUUCGGAAUACAUCGUGGACCACCAAAACGGCAGACCGAUAACAGCGAAGAUCGCACCCAAGGCCAGAUUUUGAGUGACUUUCUUGUGCAGCUGGAGGAUUACACUCCAACGAUUCCAGAUGCUGUUACGUCGUACUACCUAAAUUCAGCUGGUUUCGAAGCGUCCGAUCCAAGAAUCGUUCGAUUGAUCUCGAUUGCGGCACAGAAAUUUAUCUCGGACGUAGCUAAUGAUGCCCUGCAGCACUGCAAGACCAGAACCAGCAAUGCGCCGAACACAAGCCACGGUUCGUCGAAAAAUCAAAAUGCAAAACUGGCGAAGGACCGUAAAUAUACGCUGACCAUGGAGGAUCUUCAGCCGGCGCUGAACGAUUACGGUAUCACUGUACGGAAGGCGCAUUACUUUGUCUAGAGUUCUAGCUUUUUACUGGUAACCAUCUGAAAGUUUGUAAUUCAUCUGGAAUGAAUAAAUUGAACAGUUGAAUCGCGAACAA